AUGGUAGUCCUCGACGGCGCUGGUGCAUCCGACGCUCACAGCACCAGCGAAAAGGACCCAAGCCAACGGCCCCAGCUCUUACACCGCUCCGCGCACCCACCGCGAUCUGCUGCACAACGCCCUCAGGCGCGGCCCUCGCCCGCGCAGCAAGCGAAGCACUUCAUCCGCCGAUACUACCACAGCCUCAUCGUUGAGACUCUUCUCCGCCAGAAGCCCCUGGCCCCGUCCGCCAACGGUCGUUUGAUCCCGCUCGACCCGGCCCGGUCGACACAGCUCAUCGAUGAGCGCCGCGGCCAUGCUUUCAUUUCGAAUGUCAUCCGCACGUCCCGCUAUAACGUCUUCAACUUCUUCCCCAAGCAGCUUUUCUUCCAGUUCAGCCGUCUGGGCAACUUCUACUUCCUCUGCGUGGGAAUACCUCAGACCAUCCCAGGAAUAAGCACCACCGGAAACGUUACUACCAUCUUACCGCUUCUCUUUUUCGUCCUGCUCACCAUCAUCAAAGAAGGAUACGAUGACUACAAAAGGCACCGACUGGACAAUGUUGAGAAUGCCCAGCCCGCUACAGCCCUGCGACGUGUAGCUGAGCACUCUGUAGCCGGCACGCGUGACGGCUGGCCGGCGACUUGGUUCAGGCGGCUACGGACCAAGCAGCCAGUUCCUGCUUCCAGCACUUCAGAAGUCGUCGAUGGGUUUCAGUGGACGACCACCGCAUGGAGCCAGCUGAGGGUGGGUGACGUCGUCAAGCUCUCCCGGGAUGAAGAGGUCCCCGCAGACCUCGUGCUUCUCCACGCUGACGGCGAGAAUGGACUGGCAUACAUCGAGACGAUGGCAUUGGACGGUGAAACGAACCUCAAGAGUAAGCAGGUCUUGCCCGAGUUCGAGAGCUGCGACACGAUUCGAGGCAUCCUGAAAUGUCAAGCCGAGCUCAUCGUCGAGGACCCCAAUGCCGACCUUUACAACUUUAACGGGAGAGUGGAGAUCAACGGGAAGACGGUACCUCUCACCUUGAAUGAGGUUGUCUACCGUGGGACCGUUCUUCGGAACACACCAUGCGCCGUUGGCCUAGUCAUCAACACAGGCGAAGAAACUAAGAUAAGGAUGAACGCCAACCGGCACCCGAAGGCCAAGAAGCCUGCGCUCGAAGCCGUCUACAACCGUGUCGUCCUCAGCUUGGUCUUCUACGUCAUCUGCCUCACCAUGGGCUGCUCUAUUGGCUACCUGCUUUGGCAGCGGAGCAGUGAGACAUCUGCCUGGUACGUCAACGGGCAACGAGUGGCUGCCGAAGAGAUCAUCAUUGGAUAUGCUAUAAUGUUUAAUAAUGUCAUUCCACUGGCCCUAUACGUGAGCUUGGAAAUUGUCAAGAUUGGACAGAUGCUGAUGCUCAACGGCGACAUGGGCAUGUACGAUGCUGUAUCGGAUACACCGGCGAGGUGCAACACGAACACAAUAUUGGAGAAUUUGGGUCAGGUCGGUUACAUUUUCAGCGACAAGACCGGUACAUUGACCGAGAACGUCAUGAAGUUCAGAAAAAUGACAAUCGCUGGGACGGCUUGGCUGCAUGAGAUGGACCUGCGCCAAGAGCAAUCUGCCGACCCCAGUACGAGUGAUACCAGGGGAAGGAAGUCCAUGCAAGCUCGAUCCGUCGACAUCGGCCGCGAUGUUUCUCAGGUUGUUGUGGAGCCAGACAAAAUCGAGGUUGCCUCGUCUCCGACGGCCAGUCCCCGCUCAUCAUCACAAUGGCAGUCGUCUGCGCGCCAAAACCUUACGCAGCCUGAUGUCACAACGGAUGAGCUACUCGACUUUAUUCGCGCCAGGCCGAACUCUCCGUUUGCGAGAAAAGCUACCCAGUACAUCCUUGCCAUGGCUCUUUGCCACACCUGUCUUCCCGAGUACAGGGAUGGCGAAAUCGAAUACCAAUCCUCCUCACCAGAUGAGCUGGCGCUUAUCCAAGCGGCUCAGCAACUAGGCUAUACGGUUGUGCAACGCUCCUCACAACAAAUCACGCUGAGGAUAUCCAGCAGCGGCUCAGAAACUACGCGGAUAUACGAAAUACUCGAUGUUAUCGAGUUCAGCAGCAAGAGGAAGAGAAUGUCUAUUGUUCUCCGAUGCCCUGACGGCAGGAUAUGGCUAAUAUCCAAAGGCGCUGAUUCGGUGAUUUUGCCACGUUUGAAGACGGCCCAAGUUGCCUUACAGAAAGCGCACGAGGUCCGACAAAGCGCAGAAAUGGAGCGUGCGCUGCAGAGGAAGAGCCUACAACAAGAGCCCCGGAACUCUUUCGGAGGUCGCCCGAGCCUGACCAUUCGCCGGAGUAUCGGGGUCAAUCGACAGGCCAACGCAGGCUCAUCUAGCCUGCGUCCGCCACUGUAUGGUAGGAGCAAGUCUUUCGAGAUUAGCAAUGUAUACAGAAGCUCAGUUGACCGCUCUCGUCCAUCGCUCAACAGGGGCGUGUCUUUGGACGUCUCGUCUUCCUUGGCACUUCGCUCGCGAUCCGCCGCUAGUCGUCAACAAGACAAGUUCGCCUUUCUGGACGAUCCAUCCAUCAGCGACGAGGCGACUGUCUUCACGCGGUCUUUCAAGCUACUUGACGAUUUUGCGGCCGAAGGCUUGCGUACCCUCCUCUACGCUCACAAGUACAUCACUGAAGCGGAUUACAAAGCUUGGAAAGAGGUAUUUCAUGCGGCGGAGACAAGUUUGAUCGACAGGCAGACCCGUAUUGAAGAAGCUGGUGACCUCAUUGAGCAGAGUCUGGACCUCGUCGGCGCAUCUGCUAUCGAAGACAAGCUGCAGAAGGGCGUUCCUGAGACGAUUGACAAGCUGCGGCGGGCCAAUAUCAAGAUCUGGAUGUUGACUGGCGACAAACGAGAGACUGCCAUUAACAUAGCACAUUCGGCACGAAUAUGUCUUCCAGAGUCUGAGGUGUACAUACUGGAUGCGACGCAAGGUGAUCUCGAGGCACAGAUGAUGGAGAUCGUGGAGGACCUGGGCAUUGCCGACGACAUCCCUGCGACCACAAGCCGCCAUCACACCGUCGUGGUGAUUGACGGCCACACUCUUGGCUGCAUCGAAACACCCGCAGACCCUAGCAACACACGGCUGAAAGACCUACUAUUCGCCUUGAUUCCACAUAUCGACAGUGUUAUUUGCUGUCGAGCCUCUCCGGCUCAAAAGGCAUUCAUCGUGCGGGCCACCCGGAAGACGAUCUCUUCCAAACGCCCUGUCACAUCGCCGACUCUGACCCUCGCCAUCGGCGAUGGUGCAAACGAUCUUGCUAUGAUAUCUGAGGCCCACGUGGGUAUCGGUGUCUCAGGUCACGAAGGGCUCCAGGCUGCACGAGUAGCAGACUAUUCCAUCGCUCAGUUCCGUUUCCUCCAACGCCUCCUUCUCGUUCACGGAAGAUGGAACUACACAAGGACGGCGAAGUUUGUCCUUUGGACGUUUUGGAAAGAGAUGUUCUUCUACAUGCCCCAGGAGAUCUUUACGCGAUAUACUGGGUUCACCGGGACGUCUCUUUAUGAGAGUUGGAGUUUGACUGUGCUCAAUGUCCUCUUUACGAGUCUGGCCACAAUCGCCCCUGGGGUCUGGGAGCAGGACUUGAGCCAGGAGACCUUGCUUGCUGUGCCAGAACUUUACGUCUAUGGCCAGCGUGGGGAGGCACUCAACUUAUCGCGGUAUCUCGGGUGGAUGGUCGGUGCCGCGGUCGAGGGCAUCCUUACAUUUUAUGGUUGCUGGGCGGGCUACGGCUACUUUGGCCAGGCCGGAGGGCUCAGAGAUCAGGGGCUGUUUGCGUUGGGCGAUCUGGUGUUCACGGUUUGCAUCGUGUGGACGAACUGGAAGUUACUAAUCGUCGAGACGCAUUUCAAAUCAUUCCUUGUCCUCGGCUCCUUCUUCAUUACCGUCGCUGGUUGGUGGCUCUGGCAGGCCUUCCUCGCGGGGGUUUACGCACUUCAGCCGUCACCUUACAACGUCCGCGGUGGCUUUUUCGGCACAUUUGGGAAGGACCCUGGCUGGUGGAUCACGCUUAUCCUCGUAUUGAUGGUUCUUUUCGUCCUGGAACUGGGCUUCAAAAUGGCGAAACGCACACUGACCAUCAUGGGCUUGUGGAGGUGGGGACGAGGCUGGUGGAAGAGGCUCAGGAGUUGGAAGAAAGUCCGCAAGGAAGACUGGAUAGAGAGCAACUUGGAGGACUGGGACCUCGGCCUGUGGCAAGAGAUGGAGAAGGGCCCGCUGGUAAUGAAGAGGCUGAGAGGAAUGCUGCAGGCCGAGGAGGGCGGCGAGGGCGCUGUCGACAUCGACGAUGAAGCGGUGGAAGAGCUUGUGGUGGUGGAUGAAGAACGUCGCUGGGACGUCCACCUGUGUACCGAGGAUCCGGCCGUGGAAAGCGACAACGAGCAAAAUGUCGAGGAAGCUGAGGCUGCCGUUCUCCAGGAGUAUGAUAUCAUCGAUCUCACCGAAGAUAUCCUUCCUCAGCGGACCCAGACAGACAUCCACGGCCGCUACCGGUACAAGCAGGUCGGGAGGAAUGCUUCUCUGGAAUCCAGCCAUCAAGCGAGAUCAUCCUACAAAUUUGGCGUCAUUGACCUGAAACUUGGUACUUGUGUUGAGCUCUGUGAGCCCUUCGGCAAGUGGGAGAUUAACUUUGUCGAGAUCAAGUCGAUCUGGGUCUCCAAGUCUGAUGGAGGUGUGAUCAUUCGCGGCCUUCCAUACACGCGAAACCGAAACCUGCCCGGCUCACUGGACAAUAAGAGAAACGAAGUCUGCCAGAUCCUCGAGAUUGAUGCUGACGACCAGCGUCCCGAUGACGCUCAAGCACUGGUCCAAAUCAACCCCCAACAGAUCUUGCAAGUCCGGACCUUUAACAAGACAAAUGCGAUCUACCCGCAACAUCGCUUUGGCGACGACCGACAGUGGCGUGGAAAGACAGAGUUGGAACUAGAGAAACAAGCACCCUUGACGUGCCGUUGGAAGUCUCGCAUCCAGUAUCGGGAUGCUCGCUUUCGCAACUACGACAAACCCGACACCUGGGCCCUCGUCAGGCUGACCGAGGCUGAGGCUGAUGGACGAUUCCGCAUCCCUGAUAAAGAGCUUAAGGCAAAUUUUCGGGGCAGAACUCAUCGUGGAGGCUCUUACAAGCCCCAGGUCAUCAAUCUUGAUGGAUCUCGAGUCCCCACGACGAGGAAAGACCGGCAAUACACCUUUGCCGACAUGUUUUGUGGUGGGGGAGGUGCAACUCGUGGUGCUGCCAUGGCCCGUUUCAAAGUUGUAUUCGGUGUUGACCGCUGCCCUGUGUCUUGCGCAACUUGGCGACGCAACUUCCCGGGCGCUCGUCUGUACGAGCAGGAUGCGACUAGCUUCAUCCACAACCCCGAGGUCGACUAUCGGUCUCAUCCUAUCGACAUUCUUCAUCUAUCCCCACCCUGUCAAUUCUGGUCGCCUCUUGCAUACCCCCAUGCCGGAAAAAAUAACGAGGAGAACAUGGCGAUUCUUUUUGCUUGCCCUGAGCUUAUCAACAAGAUUCGCCCACGGCUGUUCACCCUCGAGCAGACAUUUGGACUCACACACGAUGCGCACGCAGAUUUCCUGAAUGCCCUGGUUCGAGGCUUCACAUCUCACGGGUAUUCCGUCCAGUGGAAGAUCGUUCCUCUCGUCGAAUACGGUCUACCACAGACUCGCAAGCGGCUCGUCAUGAUCGGUUCCUGUCCCGGAGAGCAGCUGCCCCCAUGGCCUCCCGCCACGCACAGCGCUCUGCCAACCCAGGGCCUGAAGCCUUUCGUCACCGAAGCCGAGGCCAUUCGAAACCUCGACGGCCGAACGGUCUCUCUACACGAUGUGGCGGGCACUCUUGUCCGUGACCUGCCGCCAAGGAACGGCAACGUACCCUUUCCAAGGACUAUUACGUGCGGAGGCACCCAGAGCACCUCGCAUUUCAGUGGCCGCCGAGACUACACGCUGCGUGAGAUCGCAUGUCUACAGGGAUUCCCCGUGUCGCAUCAGUUCGAGGGCAACAAGACGGCGAUCAAGAGACAGAUCGGCAACGCAUUUGCGCCUUGUGUUGUCAAGGCUUUCUAUGACCACCUUCGAGCCUGGCUGCAGCGCGUGGACGGCAUCCAGAGGGUUGUCCCAGCCCGAGCUCGCGUCCCGGUCCCACAGAGCACCGAGUCAGGACCGGAAGUUGAUCGCCGCCACCGAGGCAUCCCGGCUCCCAUCUUGCCAGUGGAGCCACGGGUAAAUGGCGAUCUCGACGAGGAUGAAGCAUUGGAGUUGGCCUUGCAGGAGAGCAGGCGUGAACUCCAGCCAUCUGCCUCCGUUGUUGAGAUCUUGGACGACGAGCCCCAGCAGCACUCACCUGUGUCCGCGGUUGCCCCACUGCUGGAGCGGUUGAGCAUCGCGCCGUCGGACCACAGGACCGAGUCUGAUGAUCCCCGGAGCAGGUCGCGAAGCGUCACUCUCGACUUCAGCCCGAGCCCGAGUCCGGGACCGAGUCGCCGUGCAACAAAGGCAGCCUCGCAGAAGCGCAGCCUUGAACAUAUGCACGACGGGGAGGCCGAUAAGGUCAUGAAGGAAGAAUCGCCCCCGAAGCGCGAGCGGGUGCUCAAGCCUCGAGGUCACGAGAAGGGAGGCAAGGUCCCAAGCAGCCUGCCUCGGUACACGGGGCCCAAGAACAAACGUGACGCCGCCGACGACGAGAAUGUUGCUAUCGGCCGGUCGAAGAUUGGUGGACGCCGGAAUGGCUCUCAAAACACGCAUGUGGACGACUCGACACCUGAAGACCGAGAAGCCCCCCACCGAGGUUCCCACCAGGGUACUGCUGCAGAGGAUAUCGCGUCUGGAGAGUCGGAAAUUGAUUGGUUGAGUGUUUUCCCUCAGGCCAGAAUGGCUGGGAACUCUGGCGAUGAGGUAUGGACUUUCUAA